GAUAACAUGAGGGAUGAUUUCCUUUGGAGAUUGGGGCCACUCCUCACUGACAUGAGGACAAAACAGUCGGAUGUUGACACAUACUGCACCGUAGGCAAAGACGGCAAACCCUGGAACGGUGGUGACGCCGUAGGCGAAGCCAAUAAAGCGGCAUGCAAACUCGUUGCAGCGGGGCUGCAGCAUAUUUCGAGUAUUAAACGGGACUAUAGACCGCAGGGGCAUGAUUCGGACAAUAAUCCAUUCGACCACCAGGAACUCAGACAAUUUCUUUCCUGUUUGUGGUUAAAAGCUGUCGUACAGAAAAUGAAAGAACAGAGCCCCAUUUGUGACAUAACCGAAGGAAUAAAUAAAGCUCUCAGUUCUGCGUCUGAAAUUAAGGGGAAAUAUUGUAAGAAGGAACCUUGUAUUGUUUGUAAUUGGACUGACAGCGACUAUAACCAACUUGACAACUGCAAGAUUGACAGCAAAGACAAGAUCAGUGUGAAGCCUAAAUUGGAAGAAAUACUUGACGUGAAGGACAAAAAGGACAAACUUACCGCCACAUUGAAGGAGCUAAAUGCAAUAGAAUCCCCUUUCUGUAAUCGUCUCCAGUGUAUACAAGCUCGAGUGGAGGCUCAGAAGCAGGAG